AUGCCGGAUCAUGGCUUGUUUGUUGAGAAAAGGUUGUCAUAUGUGGAAUUGAUUAGUAAGAUUUGUAUGACACUUGGUUGGGAUCCAACACACGUAAAACUCCACCUUUCUGUGAUUUUUGAUAGUCCCAGUGGUAGGCGUGUAGUGAAGAUCAAGAAUGAUUCGCAUGUAGAGUUCAUGAACCGUGUAGCUCCAAUGUCAUGUAUGGAUUUAUACAUAGAUUUGGAAGAUAUUACUCGCGAAGAAAGAGAAGCGAGUUUGGAAAAUAACGUGUUAUUUAGUGGUUUUCCAAGGAGGGAACGUGCUAGUACUUCUCGAAAUCGUGAUGAAGAGGAGACACCUUUAUUUUCACAAGAUGACUACAUGGAAGAGUCAGAUCUCGACUAUAUAGCUCCAAGCGAAAGCGAAGAAGACCGUGAGGUCUCUGGAAAUAGUGAUUUUGAUGAAAGUGAUGAUGAAUUAUUGGAAACUGAGGAAACAGAUCUUAAUCCAGCUCCAACGCCAUGUAUACAGUGGGAAUGUUCGUACACCUACGGAGACGUCCCAAGGAGCAGCUUGGCACCUUUUAGAGAUCAAUUAACAAGUCUGCGUCUUGGAGAUUUUCUGGAACCCCACGAGUCGCUCAGGAUUGAAGACGAGGAGCAGCAUUUCUCCUACGCCAUGCAGUUAGUGGGCUCCGCAUCACUUCCCAUGGUGUUGAUGGCCGCCGUCCGGCUUGACUUGUUCGCGAUCAUCGCCGGAGCCGGUCCUGGAGCAAAACUCUCGGCUUCCGAAAUCGCUGACCGCAACUCCUUGCUGACCAACCCGAAUGCUGCUUCCAUGUUAGAUCGGAUGCUCCGCCUCCUUGCUAGCCACUCCGUGCUGACGUGUUCCUCCGUGGACGGUGGUGGUGAUGGCGGUAGUCAAAGAGUCUACGGCCAAAGAGUAUAUGGGUUGGCACCGGUGGCGAAGUACUUUGUACGGAACAAACGAGGAGUUUCGCUUGGCCCUUUCCUGGAUUUGAAUAAUGACAUUGUGAUAACACAGACCUGGUACGGAUUCGAAAAUGCAGUGCUUGAAGGAGCAGUUCCCUUCAAGAAGAUGCAUGGUACACACCUUUUUGAUUAUCUUGAAAGAGAUAAAAGAUACAACGAGCUCUUCAACAAGGCCAUGAUCAAUCAUACCACUAUAGUGAUGGACAAAAUUCUCGAGAAUUACAAAGGAUUUGAACACAUUGAAACUUUGGUAGAUGUUGGCGGUGGCCUUGGAGUCAACCUCGAAAUUCUUACAACCAAAUAUUCAAAUCUAAAAGGCAUUAAUUUCGACUUACCGCAUGUUAUACAACAUGCCCCAACCCGUCCUGGAAUAAACCAUAUUGCGGGAGACAUGUUUGAAAGAGUUCCUAGCGGGGAUGCCAUUUUUAUGAAGUGGAUACUUCACGAUUGGGACGAUAGUCAUUGCUUGAAAUUAUUAAAAAAUUGUCACAAAGCGUUGCCGGAAAAUGGAAAAGUGAUAAUUGUAGAUGCACUUCUUCCGGUUGAUAUUUCCGAUAACAGUGCUUGUACAAAAAGCACUUGCCAAAUGGAUAUUAAUAUGAUGACUCAUACUACAAGUGGAAGAGAAAGAAAUGAAGACGAGUUUCUUACUUUGGCUUUGGAAGCUGGAUUUCAAGGCAUAAAGCUAAAAUGUUUUGUGUGUAAUUUGUGGGUCAUGGAGUUCUAUAAGAAAGAAAAUCAUGUCCAUGAUUGA